CAUCAACCGUUCUCCUGCUCGUCUGUGUUUCUCUUCCUUGCUCCUUUCGUCUUGAAGUUGAUACCACGCAAUUCCUUUGGUUCCCCAGUCCUCUUCAAGUGCAUUGUCGAGGCAAACGCUCCGACCUCUCUCUUACCUUUAACGACCUAGACAUCUUGGCGAGUACACAGAAUGCAGGCCAUUAAAUGUGUUGUUGUAGGAGAUGGUGCUGUCGGAAAGGCAAGUACAUGUCUUCUCAUCUCGUACACGACAAACGCAUUCCCGGGAGAAUACAUUCCUACAGUAUUCGAUAACUAUUCGGCCAACGUCAUGGUCGACGGUAAGACCAUCUCCCUCGGUCUAUGGGAUACGGCCGGUCAGGAGGAUUACGACCGUCUCCGACCACUGUCAUACCCUCAAACGGACGUUUUCCUCAUCUGCUUCUCGCUCGUCAGCCCACCGAGUUACGAGAACGUUCGAACCAAGUGGUAUCCCGAAAUUACGCAUCAUGCGCCGUCGACCUCGAUCGUGCUGGUCGGUACCAAGCUUGAUCUUCGGGAGGAUCCGGGCACAAUCGAGAAGUUGAGAGACCGUCGCAUGCAACCCAUCCAAUACUCGCAAGGAGUAGCCAUGGCGAAAGACGUUGGGGCAGUGAAAUACCUGGAAUGUUCGGCGCUGACACAGAAGGGUUUGAAGACUGUCUUCGACGAAGCUAUUCGGGCCGUCCUCAACCCCCCGCCACAGCCCAAGAACAAGACCAAGAGCAAGGGUUGCAUCAUCGCUUGAUGUGCUCGCGCUGCCCUCCGACCCAGCGGUAUGUAGGACUCCUAGGACUGCGCUGCAUCCGCCACUUCGCCAUCCGCGCUUCGUUCACAUGAGUUACGAGGUACCACGACAGUCGGAUUGCCAUUAUGUCUUGCAUGAGUAGUUUUCCGGGGCCUCCUCGUUACCACGAUAUCCCUUUGUUGGUCCUAGUCAUUUCCUCUACCCAGUGUUUUUCAUAGUUUCCCUUGGAGAUAUUAGUACGCUCUGUUCAUCAGU